AUGCGAGUUAGCAGUUGCUUACGAUGCUGUGUUGAUUGUUCGACUGUAACAGCACAAGGAGACCGGAUUCUUUUAUUACAAGCUCAGGUGGAUGACGCCUACGUGAAGGGGAACAUCACACUAGGAGCAUCACUUCUGGCAAAACUUACGGAGAUGAUUGCCAGCGAACCGGCUAGCAACUACGCCCCUAGCGUACGAGACCAGGCCCCAAUUCCGGACAGGCCUCACCAACCGCAUGGGAGACGAAUCACUCCACACCGACUGAUUCAAGAGAACCUUUCUGACUUCUCCUCGAGCACCAGACAGGAACCCAGAGAAGUCCCACGGCCGGUCGACGGGAAUCGACAAACCUUGCUGUCUAGAGCCGAACCCGCCUCAGGUUGGAACUAUAACGGCAACACACAGGGUCGAUCUCCUUCAACCAUAGCAGAGGUCGCAACGGCAAGACAAUCGCCGGCAGUUGAACCAGCCGUUGGAGAUGAAGCCGUCAGAGCGAAAGCUAUGCUAGAAUCAGGGAGAGGCCGGAUGGUGUUAGCAAACGGAGAUGUAAUCGAGAAUGGAAGAUUGAUGUUAAAAGACAAGACCAAACAGUUAGAGAAAUCCUUACCUUCCCUCAGCCCAGUGUUAGCACACUACCUCCGAACCUUCAAGGCAUACAUCCCUUUACCCGUCUUCGACAAGCUCUGGUUAAUCCGUGAUCAACAAGCAAGAGAAGGAACGGAACCACCUUCUGAGUCAAAGUUGAACAAAGGCGGCUCAAAUUUAAGGAUGUAUGGUGGUGAUCCGCCUAUGGAUGAACUCACAAUGCAGUAUGAGCAGUGGCUAGACUGCUUUACCCUGUUCUCGAGAUACAUUCAUGAUGCAGGCUGGAUAACGUUAGCUGAAAACCUGAAGGUCCAUAAGGAAAUAGUGGUGGAGUUGAGAGACACGAUGGGCUGGAUGGUGGCACUCCGCUACUGUAAGCGAGUGCGAGAAGGAGUCAUGAGAACGACGGUUGGAGGCGAGAUAGUGAACGUAUCAGAGAUCCAGCGAACGAUCCUGGACGAAGUAAAAUUAGUGUGUAGUAAUUUCGGUGAAAGAGCUAUCCGCUCAAACCCAUAUGCGCCGGGAGGCACGAAAGAGCACCUCGAUCCGGAGUCCGGUUUACCAAAAGUGAGGCCAUUCGCGGGUCAAUCGAAGAAAACUGGGAUGAGGGUGGAAGAGGGAUCUUCGCUGGGUAAGAAGAAGUCGUGGCUACCAAACGACCAGUGGGAAGCCAAGUUGAGGGCCGAGGGGAAGUGGAUAGACAAGAAGGAACAGUCAAGCAGUAGAAGAUCAGGAGACUACGACCGCGGUAGAGGUAGUGAUAGAAGAGACUCGAAGCGAGGCAGAAGCCGUAGUAGAAGUCCAAAUCGCUACGAUAACAGGCGAUCUAACGGUAGAGGUGGUCGUCCAAGACACUAG